UUAUCAUCUGAACAAAAGAAUUUCCCCUUCCUAGAUUUGAUCAUUAACUUCUCCAUUUUUAUCAAUAACUCAAUCAUCAUCGUCAUCAUCUUCUUCUUCUUCUUCCUCAUAUGGAAGACAUUGAUGUUCCUCAGUAUUUUAUCUGCCCAAUAUCUCUUCAAAUCAUGAAAGAUCCUGUAACAGCCAUCACAGGAAUCACAUACGAUCGAGAGAGCAUCGAACAUUGGCUAUUCACCAUCAAGAACACAAUCUGUCCUGUAACUAAACAACCCUUGUCUGAAGAUUCUGAUUUAACCCCUAAUCACACUUUGCGCAGAUUAAUCCAAGCUUGGUGUGUUGAUAAUGCUUCCUGCGGUGUUGACAGGAUUCCUACUCCCAAAUCUUGUCUUAACAAAUUCCAUGUCCUUAAACUUAUAAAAAAUCUUUCACAUCCUCAGCUCCAAAGCAAAACGAUUAGAGAAUUGGAACUGCUUGCUGCGGCGACCGAAAGGAAUCGGAAGCACAUGGCGGAAGCUGGAGUGGCUAAGGCCUUGUUGCUGUUUAUAAUAACAUGUUUCGAGCAACGUCGGAUAAAAGAUGGUCUGCAAGAAUCGCUUAGUAUUCUUUGGUUGAUUCGAAUUCCUUCGAGGGAAUCGAAAGCUUUUCUCAUCGAAAACUAUCUGAUCAUUGAAUCUUUGACAUGGGUUUUAGGGUGCAAUAUCGAUAAUCAUGUUACGCUUAAAUCUCAUGCAGUUUCCGUACUGAAGAUGCUGCUUGAAGAAGCGACUUUCAGUGUACUAGAAAGGCUAAAACCUGAAUUUUUCGACAGGGUUGUCGGUGUUAUACGAGAGAAAAUCACUCAAGAAGGAAUCAAUGCUGCUUUAAAGAUAUUGUUAUGUGCUUGUCCAUGGGGAAGAAAUCGUGUUAUGAUGGUGGAAUCUGGUGCAGUUUUCGAGCUUAUCGAGCUUGAAUGGCGAUCACCGGAGAAGAAAACCACAGAGAUGAUAUUUGAGAUACUAUUUCAUCUAUGUUCUUGUGCUGAUGGAAGAGCAAAGUUCUUGAGACACAAAGGUGGAAUUGCUGUGGUUGCAAAGAGAAUCUUGAACGUAUCACCAACAGCAGAUGAUCGAGCCAUUAUGAUCCUUGGAUUAAUAUGCAAGUUCUCAGGAACAAGCAUGGUGAUCCAAGAAAUGUCGAGCGUUAAAGCUGUGUCAAAGCUUUGUAUGCUGCUUCAAGCUGAUUGUUCAGUUUAUUUGAAAGAAAAAGCAAGAGAAAUCCUUCGAUCACAUUCCGAUGAGUGGAAGAACUCUCCUUGCGUUGAUAAUGCUUCUCUCUUCUAAAGGUAACGAAAACAUAUAUAAUUUCUCUGUACAUUUCUUUUUUUCAUCUUCUUGCGGCGGCCUGCCGGCCGGCGGUGGUUACUUUUU